AUUUUUUUUCCAUUAAUUUGUGUCUGUUAAGUUGUACAUAUUUUUUUCCUUUCCAUAUAUUGUAUGAAAAAAAUGUCAACAUUCUGUCAUUCUACCUCAGUAGAUUUUACUUGUUGUCUUGUCACUGUCAUUUGAGUUUGAGUUGAGAGUGAAACAACAGUGAGUCUGUGACUGUGAUUAUUAUUGAAUCUUUGACUUAUCAGUGACGGUCAAACUGUAUUUACGUUUUAUAGAUAUUGUGAUAAAAUUAGUGCCUUGUUCGAGGUACUGUGGGUUACUUACGUAGAAUGUUAUUGGUUUUGAUUAUUUAUAUUUAAUAACUUUUUAACACUUAAUUACUCCAUGUUUUUUAGUGAAUACUGUACGAAAGUUUCUAUAAAUUAAGUUUCGGUGUUUUGAAUACUCUUGAGUAUAUUUUAUUCUUGUUAAUUUUAUGCUUAACUUCAUAAGGUACCAAUAAAUUUCGUUUAUUAGAUAAGAGUUAAGUUGUACUGUAAUAUAACAAUACAAAAUGAUAGCAAUAAAAUGUGCUACAUCUAUUACCGGUACUGUCGCCCGGAGUUUUAUGUCCGUUACGUCUAACACUGCAGCAUACCGCUGGUAUUCAUGUGAUACUUCUAAAAAGUUUGAUAUUGUCGUAAUUGGUGGUGGUAUUGUUGGUGCUGCGUCUGCGAGAGAACUCAGUCUGAGGCAUCCAUCAUUAAAUAUUGCAUUAGUUGAGAAGGAAGACCAUUUUGCCUACCAUCAGAGUGGAAAUAACAGUGGUGUGAUUCAUGCUGGUAUUUAUUACAAGCCUGGAUCAUUGAAAGCUAAAUUAUGUGUACAAGGCAUGGAAUUAGCUUAUAAAUACUGUGAUGAAAAAAAUAUAAAAUAUUUAAAAUGUGGCAAACUGAUAGUGGCCACUGAAAGGCAUGAGAUACCUGUAUUAUUAGAUUUGUAUGAUCGAGGAAUACAAAAUGGUGUAAAAGAUUUGCAGCUACUAGAAGGAAAUGAAAUAAGACAAAUUGAACCUCUCUGUAAGGGGUUACAAGCAAUAUGGUCUCCCAAUACUGGAGUUGUGAGUUGGGCAGAGGUUACAGAAUCUUAUGUAGAUGACUUCAAAAAAUGUGGUGGCACAACUAAUCUAAACUUUGAAGUAAAGAGGUUCUCAGAAUCUGAAAAUGCAGAAUACCCUGUUGUUAUAUCAGAUAACCAAUCUAAUAACAUUUCUGCAAAGUAUGUCCUCACAUGCUGUGGUCUACAUUCCGAUACAGUAGCAGUUUUAACUGGAUGUCCUGAAGAGCCUAAAAUUAUACCUUUUAGAGGUGAAUAUUUAUAUCUAGUCCCAAGCAAAAGUAACUUGGCUAAAGCUAACAUUUACCCUGUACCUGACCCAAGAUUUCCUUUUCUUGGUGUCCAUAUAACUCCCAGAAUAGAUGGUCGUGUAAUUUUGGGUCCAAAUGCAAUAUUAGCUUAUUGUAAAGAAGGAUAUAAAUAUAGUGACGUGAAUAUGAAAGACUUGAAAGAUAUUUUAGCAUUUUCUGGUUUUCGGAAACUAGCAAUGAAAUAUGCAACUUUUGGAGUUAAAGAAUUAACAAGAUCAAUAUUUCCUUCAUUGCAAGUAAAACAAGUGCAAAAAUACAUUCAGGAGAUUACAUCUGCUGAUGUGGAGAGAGGUCCUGCUGGUGUACGAGCACAAGCAAUGGCUAAAGAUGGAAGUUUAAUAGAGGAUUUUGUGUUUGAUUCACAACCUGGUUCUGGUGCGAUAGGAAGUCGAGUUUUACAUUGCAGAAAUGCACCUUCACCUGGAGCCACUUCAUCGCUCGCUAUCGCGAAAAUGAUUGCUGAUAAGAUGGAAAGUGAGUUUAAGUUUAAAAACUGAGAUAUAAAUGACAGAUAGUGUAUUCAUAAACAUCGUAAUAAAUAAAUGUAGAAAUAUGUACAUGAAAGCAGUGUUAGCCGAAAGAUUUAUUUUUUCCUUCCUUAAAGUACACCUUAAGGAAGGGAAAUAAAAUGUCUUGUAAACUAUUGUGCUAAUAAAAUCCAAAAGUUGCAUUAGCAUGUUGAGAAUAAAUAAUACCUAAUAUUGAUUAUUCAACUACUCUAUCUAAUUAUGUAAUGCUUAUAUUAAAACUUUCGUGAGACACUAAAUUAAUUAUUAUGUUUUCGGAUUACUCGCGUAACUGUUUACUAGGAGGCUCAUAUUUAUAAGCAGCAUUUUGCGACACGUGACGCGGCGACUGUCGCGCUGCUAUUGGCUACUCGUGUCUACUGCGGUGCGGGCACAGCCUAGUCGAGUUCCUCGUCAAACAGUUACGUGAAUAUGCCGAAAACAUAAUUAUUAAUGUGUUAAUACUAUUAAUAUUGUAAUACCCUUAGGGGCCGUCCAUAAAUUACGUCACACGUUAAGCGGUAGGGAGGGGGUCAAAGAAGUGUGACAUUGUGUGACAAGGGGGAGGGAGGGAACUGAACCUGAACUUUGUGAUGUCACAUUUCAAAAACUAUUGUAAAACACGAAAUAUAAUUGAUUUAUAGAAAUAGAACUGAUUUCGGGUCCAGUUUUCAUUUUUAUACAAACGGAAUUCUGCAAAAUGUGACGUCACACUUUCUCACAAAUGUGACUAGCUGUGGCAAGGGCGGAGAGAGGGGCAAAAAAAUUAAAUUUAGGUGACGUAAUUUAUGGAUGACCCCUUAUUUAGAGCAACAUUUUUAUAGUGCCUAAAUUGUCUAACAUCAAUAUUAUACUGCCAUUAGAUAGUCUGGUUACCAAGUACAAUAAUUUAACUUACAACAAGUUUCAAAUAUGAAAACAUUAUCAGAAGACACAGGUCUGUACAUAAAAAGCUAUUUCUUUCCUUGUUAUUAAUGAAAAUGAUUGUUUAUCAUCCAGUAUCACAUUUUUUUGGCUUAUAGUAAUGUCCUACGCAUACUUUCAACAACUUGAUACUAAAAAUUGUAUUUUAAUAAAUAGAAAGGGAAAGUUUUAAAAUGAUGCUAAUCAAUAUAAUAUUUUAUAAGUUUUUAACCACAGAAACUAUUUUAAAGCCUUAGAUGUAAGAAUGUUUUUAAGAUUUAUUGCUAAAGACUUUUUUAUGUAAAUAUUAAAGCGUUUAUUAGAGGAAGAUUUGCUAUAAAAAUUAAAUUGUUAUU